AUGUCAAUAUAUUCUACGCCGUUGAAAAGUGGAAUUGACUAUACAAGGAAUGUUGUUAUUCCUUCGAAUGGUGAACUAGCGGCACCAAACAACACGAAACGCGUGGAGGUCAACAAUGAAGUCGUAGCCAUGCCAGGUUACAACGUGCUUGCUCCAAACGCGAGUUUAGGCCUUGCAAGUGGUGAAGAACAUCUCCGGAUCACAGGGUUUGCCUCGAAGCCAUCCCUUGAACUUGCUAGCCAAUACAUUGACCAUUUGCAGAAUAGGGACGCCAGCACGCCCGUGCUUGACGAGAGAUCCUACUACAACAACGGCGUGAAUUACAAUUUCAGUAAGGAAGUCGGCGGGUUGGGAGCUUUCACGCCUUUUGAGAGAACACAGGUCAUGAACGUACCGGACGGGAUUUUGCGGGAAGCUUCCAGGACGGAAAUGAAGAGCGACAUGGGUCUUUUUCCAGAGUUGAAUCGGUGCUGGAUCACUAUCGAUAACAAGUUGAUCUUGUGGAACUUCAACAACCCCUCCGAUUUCCAAUCGAUUGACGAUAUCAAGCACACCAUUCUCGCCGUGGCGCUAGCAAAGCCCAAGCCGAAUACUUUUGUCGAAAGCGUCAACCACUUACUACUCAUCGCUACGCCAUUUGACGUUUACGUACUCGCGAUUCAGUACGACAGGUCUAAUGAAGAACUGAGCGUGUUUAACACAGGCAUGUGCGUUUCGGUACACGGCCUUGAUGUCUCAUCCUUUAUUUCCUGCGAGCAGACUGGUCGCAUUUUCUUCACAGGGAAAUCCAGCGGAAUCAACAUUUGGGAACUGCAAUAUUCGAGUACUGAAGACUGGUUCAACAGUAGAUGUAACAAGGUCUGUCUGACUCAGUCGGUUUUAAGCAGUUUGCUUCCUACCAACCUGAUUUCAAAGAUUCCGGGGAGUAACCUAGUCCAAUCUCUCUUCGAAGAGAGUUCCAAGUAUUCUGCGGAACACUUGACGCAAAUGUGUGUGGACAACUCAAGAGGUAUCCUGUAUUCUUUGUCAAAUAAAUCUGUCAUCAGAGCUUACAAAAUAAAUGGUAAGAGUUUAGGAAGCCCUCUCACCAUCGAAACAUCAUACAUCAAACGUAUCAUGGGAACAACAUCAGCCAGAGGUGCAGCCAUCCUGGGGAAUAAAUACCUAAAAAUAUCCAAGGUGGUAGCUGUCUCUGGAAGGGAGAAUGGAAACCUUUUCCUUGUCGCGAUUACAAUCGGUGGCGUCCGGCUGUAUUUCAAUGGUUCCCUAGGAAGAACUCACUUAGAGGCUUUGAGACUAGAGUCAAUCAAGUUUCCCCCAAGCUCGGUUACUCCAGAAGCUAUAGAGCAAGAACUCCAACAGCAACAGCAAAAAAAAUCUUUACCUUUCUAUUCGUCACUAACAAGCUCUGAAUCGGUUAUGCUUAGAUUUCAGAAAAAGUCCUCCGUUUUAUUGGAGACUAGUGGCGCUAGCGCUAUCAUAUCGCCUGGUAUCUUCCUGGCCGCCGUCACCAAAGCUCCAAACCAGGAAACCGCGAAGAACGCACAAGACCAAGUACCUACACAGCAGCAGCCACAGCAGCAGCGGCAGAGCACAUACGGCAUACAGCAGAAGCUCUUUGUUUCUGUCCCUGACUACGGUAUUUUGAAAAAACACGGCAAAUACGUUGAAAACACAACCUUGCUUGACACGACAGGGGUAAUUAAGCACAUCGUUCCGAUAACACCUCUAUUCAACGCGACGAACAAACCCGAGGGUUAUGCGAACGAGUUUGCGACCCAAUAUGUUUCAUCUGAAUUCAAGAUCGCAGUAUUAACCAACACUUCGGUUGAGAUCUACAGAUAUAGAACACCUGAUGCAGUUUUCGAGGCCUUGGCAGAGAAUCCACUCCCCUUUCUGUUAAACUAUGGGCUGACCGAAGCUUGCUCAACCGCUCUUUUUGUCACUUGCAAGUUCAAUAAAUCAGAAGCCCUAAGAUCAAGUGCAUUGACAUUUUACGCUGUAGGAAUACCGGGGGUAGCUGAUAUCAAGCCAAGAUACAGCAGGUACACUGCCUCCGCCAUGUCUUCACUAUUAUCGCGGCCAACUAUUGCUUCAACGCCUCAACGGUCUACCCUUGAUACUGAUAAAACUGGAUUUGCUACAUCUAGAGAGGAUGAAAAUUGUAGCUUAGACGAUGUUAUUCUCUCACCACGAUUUUACGGAACCGCUUUGUUCAUUGCCAGACUCUUCAGAGAAAUAUGGGAAAAGCCUGUCUUUGGCACAGUGCCUGACGCCAAAUUCGAUAACCAAUCCCAUUUUGUUAAGAGCUCAGUUGGCGACAAAAACCUUAUCAAUUCCGUUUCCGUAUCGAAAGGUGACUUGGAAUACUAUCUGUCAUCUGUCAUGAUAUUGAAUGACUUUUUCGACACUUACGGCAAUUCAAUCUCGAGCAUCUCAAUCCCAUCAUUCCAGACUGGCAAAAACAUCGACAGAACAGAAGAAGUGGCCAACCAAGCUGAAAACAUUGCAAUCAAUUCUUUGAUUAGGCUUGUGCAGUUUAUGAAAGAAGCCUUUUCCUUCCUGAACGUGCUAUAUGAGGAAAGUGACGUAGAAGGUUACGAAGGCCAGUUUCUUGCAUUCAAAGAUAUCAUGAAGCUCCUCAACCUGGAUGUUCAAUCUGAAUUGUCUAAAUUGACGUUCAAGGACAUAUUCGCUCCAACCGAUAACACAAAAAACCUCCUGCGCGAAAUUUUGUCCUCAAUUAUCAACAGAAGCAUAUCAAGAGGUGGAUCUAUCGAACACAUUGCCACAGCGCUGCAAGAACGUUGUGGCUCAUUUUGCUCCAGCAGCGAUAUUUUGGGCUUCAGGGCAAUGGAACACCUAAGAAAAGCCAAGGAAGUUGGGUUGCGGGACUAUGAAACAUCAACGUAUCACUUGACAUGCGCUAAUAAGCUCUUCGAAAAGAUUGUUGAUACCAUCUCCAUAGAAAGAUUGAAGGAUGCAGUGUCUACUAUGCUGGAUUUGAAUUACUACCCUGGAACAAUCGAGUUUCUUCUGAAUAUCGCGAACUCCAUGGAUAAAGGAAAGCUUGCCUACCAGUAUGUCGCUGACGGCUACCUGGAGCAAGACCCUAGAAAAGUUUACUAUGAGAAACGUGUGCUUGCCUAUGAACUGGUGUUCGAGACUCUUGUCAGAGUUGACGAACUUGUUUCUGCUGCCGUCUCGGCCGGAAUUGGAGGCAUGAAUAAUGUCGAAGAAUUAUCAAAGUUGAAGGAAGAAACAUACUCGACAGCUCUUAGAUACAAUGACAAGUUGUUUCACUACCAGCUUUAUGACUGGUUGGUGUCUCAGAACUGUCAAGAUAAACUAUUACAGCUGGACACCGACUUCAUUUUGGCUUAUUUGCAGGAAAAGUCGAAGGGAUCACUGGAUAUAUCUAAUUUGCUCUGGGUUUACCAAUCUAAGAGGUCCAACUUCUACGCCGCCGCCCAAAUAUUAUAUUCUCUAGCGGUUUCUGAUUUCGAAGUACCUUUGGGCCAGCGCAUUGAAUACCUUUCGAGGGCUAACGGGUUCUGUAAUGGUCUCUGCGCUCCUAGUCAACGUCAGCAAAUGAUACACCUUUCUGGAAUGAUCCAGGAAAUAUUUGAUGUUGCUAGCAUCCAGGACGAUAUUUUGACGCUAGUCAGAAACGACAUAAGAGUCGCUGCAGACACUAAGGAGGAGCUAAUUAAACAACUUGAUGGGAAGAUUCUACCAGUGAGUGACCUAUUUAAUGAUUACGCGGACCCAUUGGACUAUUACGAGGCCUGCUUGGCUAUAUUCAAAAUUUCAGAUUUCAGAAAUAACGAAGAAAUCAUAUCGAAGUGGACUGAAUUGUUUGAUUCACUCCGGACUGAAAUUAAUGCGAAUGGAAAUGUCGAAGAGUCAGCCAAUUUUAUCAACUUGUUAACAUCGGUGGUGGUUAGAGUUGGGCGCAACGUCAGAACUUCUGAGUUUGUUUUCCCUAUUACCGAACUGUUUCCAAUCAUUUGUGACCUGUUUUACGAGAACCUGCCUAAUGAGCACAUCAAAGAAGGUGCAAUCGCAUCCAUAUUCAUAUCAGCUGGUGUUUCAUUCGAUAAGUUUUAUUACCUGCUGAAAAACUUGAUAGAGACCGCCGAUUCGGUUAAUAACAUUUACAAAAAGGAGAUGACAUGGUUGAUCAAGGAGUGGUAUGAAUCCGAUGUCAAACUGAGAGACUUGGUUUCAUACGACGAAAUCCGCAACCUGAAGAACUACAGCAUCGAGACAGACCCAAUUGAAAACAAAGUCAAAGAGACUGGAACUAGCAUUUAA